AUGGCGCCUGGCCUUGCUCGCAAGUAUGAGAUCAAUGCCGACAUGGGCGAAGGCUUCGGCCGAUGGAAAAUGGGACCUGAUGAAGAGCUGAUGCCGUUGAUUGAUGCUGCAAACAUCGCUUGCGGUUUUCACGCUGGUGAUCCUUCCAUCAUGCUCAAAACAAUUCGCCUGUGUAAGAAGCAUGGCGUUAAGGCCGGUGCUCACCCCGGCCUGCAGGAUCUUUUUGGCUUUGGUCGAAGAAAAAUUGAGGUUGACACAGGAGACAUGUAUGCCAUGAUUCUGUACCAAGUUGGCGCGUUGAAAGCAAUGCUGGAUGCCGAGGGUGUCGAACUGUCGCACAUUAAGCCGCACGGCGAGCUGUUCUUCUAUAUGCAACGGGACAAGGCGAUUAUGAAAGCUGUUCUUGACGCGUGUGCCACGUUCAAAGUUCCCGUUUAUGCGUGCCAAAACCCGGAGCAAGAGGCCAUGUGCGAGGAAAUGGGCAUUCCAUUCCAAGGCGAAGUAUAUGUCGACGUCGACUACUCUCCGGAAGGGAAGCUUGUUCCCGUAUCACAGUCUCAACAAGUCAACCCAGAGUUGUGUCGUACCCGUGCUGUCGGCGCGACAAUGACGGACAGUGGACAUGACAUCAACGGUUCCGAUUUUAGCUUUGGAUUCAAGGGCAAACCGUUCAGCAUAUGCCUUCACUCUGAUGUUCCCACUGUGCUUGAGAACGCCAGGGCCGUACGAAGGGUAGUCGAUGAGGCGAACCGGGUCAGAUUUCCUUCAGAAUGA